AUUAGCUUUACUGCGAAUGGGUCACGUGAUCAAGAAAAGCCCGAGAAGAGCAGGUGGUCGCUAAGGUUGACUGAUGCUCUAAAUCAACAAUGUCUGAUAAAGGUUCAAGGUCGGGAACUCCGAAGGCGAGUUCCCGUAAAAGCUCGAAAGCUGGAACCCCAAAGGGCUCCAAAAGUGGAACACCAAAAGGUUCCAAAAGCAACACUCCUCUCCCCACAGACCCUCAAGCUAUGACCCAGGAGAUCACAGAAGAAGAGGCCCUGGCUGCUGGUGCUUCAAAUGGUGCCUUACAACCAACUGAAGUUGAUGUGACAGCCAUGGGGACUUCUAAUGAACUGGGGGAAACGGAGACAGAGGCUGAACAAGAGGAGGCAGUGCAGGAGGAGGAUGAUAGACCCAGUGUUAUAUCACUGAUCAAAGAGAGAGUCACGGUGCAGGGACUGACAGAGGAGCUGUGGAAGGAGUUCCACGACGAGGCAAUCAACCAGUUCAUCAACGACCCCGGCACCAAGCUGAUGGUGGCCUACAUGGACCCUGUCAAGGGGUUCCUGGUCGAACACGCCAUCCCUCCUUAUCUGGUCGACCAGUUGACCUACUUUAUCAAGGCCACCAGCGUCAAGGAACUGAACGCCGACACGUUCCUGACCAAGGUCCAGUAUGGGACCAUCAAAGGGAACCAGAUCGAGAGUCUGCUCAGGAUCAUGAUGGGAAUCUACGCCCCCAUCUUCUUUGAGAACACCUCUUGGCCAGACAGCAUCAAAAAUGACUUCUCAGCUCAGCUGCACAAGUUUCUGGCUAACCUGACGGACACACGCUGGAAGCUGGAGGGUAAGACGGUACUGUACAUCCCCACGGAGGGGCUCAAACUCGCCUCAGAGGAGGCGGCCAAGAACAAGGACCUGGUCCAGAGGCUCGAGACUGCCAUGAUCCACUGGGCCAGACAAAUUAAAGAAGUGCUCAGUAACCAGGAUGCCUUUGAGAUGGCCGAGAACUCAGGACCCCUGGAUGAGAUUGAGUUCUGGAAGAACCGGUGCGCUGAUUUAACCGGCAUCAGUACUCAGCUGGACAAACCAGGGGUAAAAAAGAUCACCGAGAUCCUGACCCUGGCUAAGUCCUCUUACGUAGGACCGUUCCUCAAACUGUCCAGUGAAAUUAAGGAGGGAUCGCGACAGGCAGAGAGCAACUUGAAGUUCCUGUUGGUGCUGAAGGAUCCGUGCUACGAGUUGUCCGAGGCCAAACCCAAGGAUGUCCCCGCCAUGCUUCCCAAGAUCCUUAACACCAUACGCUUCAUCUGGGUCAACUCUGAGUUCUACAAAACCAGAGAGAGGCUGACCGGGAUUCUUAAAAAGAUCAGUAACGAGGUCAUCAGGCGAUGCUGCCGCGACAUCAACCUGGACAAGAUCUUUGACGGUUACGUACAGUCCGGACUGAAGUCCCUCAAUGACAGCAUAGACUGCUGUGAGCAGUGGAAGGAGAUCUACAAAAAGACGGCCAGACUACACCACAAGUUUUCACCGGUUGGCUGGGUCUUAGACAAGAGCAGCAUUUUUGCACAGAUCGACGCAUUCAUCCAGAGAUGCAAGGACUUGAUAGAAGUCUGUGAGGCUCAGAUUCAUUUUGCCCGGCGGGAAGAUGGAGAGAAGAUGGAGAUGCCUCACUUUGCGGGACAGAAGGGUCCGGAGAUUGCCCGGGGGCUGAUGGAGAUAGAGGCAGCAUUCGAGAGAAACCUGAGUCAGCUGAGGUCUGUGAAGGACACCAUUCUGGAUGUCAAGGCCACAUCAUGGCAUGAUGACUACAACAAGUUCCGAGCGGGAAUCAAGGACCUGGAGGUGAUGAUGACUAAUGUGAUUUCCUCGGCCUUCGACACGGUGACCACGGUGGAGCAGGGAGUGGAGCUCCUGGACAUCUUCAUGCAUCUCUCCACCAGAGAGGCCAUCAGAAGAACCAUUGACAAGAAGAAUGUGGACGUGAACCUGAUGUUCAAUGAUGAACUGAACGCCGUCAAGAAAGAGCUGACCAAUAAAGCCAAGUCCCUCAUCCCCUGGCACCCCAAGUUCGCCGGCCAGGCUCUGUGGGCGAGGCAGCUCAAGAGGAGGAUAGAGAGGGGCAUGAUGGUUUUGGACAGAGCAUAUUUCCUGCCCCCAACAGGAAAAAGUGAGGAGGUUCGAACUCAGUACCAGCAGCUGUGCCAAGCGUUGGAUGAGUACAUCCGUAAGACAUUCCAUGAGUGGACCCUCACUGUGGAUAAGGAGCCAGAGAAACUACUGGAGGUGCCACUGAUGUGUCGUAGCUCAGAGAGACCUCCCAUGUUGGACAUCAACUUUAACCGAGGCCUGCUGAAGAUGUUCCAAGAGAUCAACUACUGGGAACGGCUGAUGUUUGAGAUCCCGCACUAUGCCACCAACGUGUACAACAAGCGCGAGGAUCUACGCUCGCUCCGAGAACACGUACUUUUGGUUGUCAGAGACUAUAACAGGAUCAUAGCCGCGCUCUCCUUGGAAGAGAGGGGAUUGUUCCGAGAAAGGAUUCGGUUCCUUGACAAGAAGAUUCAUCCUGGACUUACUAAGUUAACGUGGGCUUCCAAGGGAAUUUCUGAUUACUUUGUGACGGACUGUCGUAUUAACGCAGCUAAAAUUCAGGCAAUGGUAGAUGACUAUAAGGGAGCCAAUCAGGAGAUCUCUACCAUGUGUGUCAAGAUCAGUGAACUGUCCCUGAUCAAAAUAGACAAUCGUAAAGUGUACGAGAAUCUGGAGUUUGACGAGGAACAGGCCAAACAUAGAGAUAACACCGCAGAGAAACUGAAGACCAUGCACAUGGAGAUUGUCCGAGUCAUGAAGAAAACGUUUGAAAUCUUCAAAUCAGACGGACAAGAGGUGCAGCAGCACUGGGUGCGUUACCUGGAGAAGAUGGACCGGAUGGUGGAGGAAGCGUUCCGACUGAACGUCAAGUGGUCCCUCCAGGAGCUGUCCAAGGCCAUCAAUGGAGACGGAAAGUCUGCCCCUAAUCCACUGUUCCGGGUCAAAGUCUGUCUCCAGGGAGACAAGGUGGAGUUCCAGCCGACCCUGAAACAGUUGGCCUCUGUGAUUGGUGGAAUCGGCAAUCAGCUGACCAACUCCAUCAAAGGCGUCAACAGGCUUCCUCUGAUCCUGGCCAAAAAGAAGUCUAACAAAGAGCCCAUAUUCUCAGUGAUCAGCUCGGACGAGGAGACCAAGAAGAUCCAGACGGUGAUUAACCAGGGCAUGGCCACCAACGCCCAGAACCUACAGAACUACCUGAGUACGUGGGACAACUACCGCGAGAUCUGGGAAAUCAACAAGGACAUGUUCAUCAAGCGCUACCAGAACCUCAACCCACAGGUCGCCUCAUUCGACGCCGACAUAGCCAGAUACGACGAGGUCGCCAACAACGUACAGACCCAGGAGACCAUUUUGAACAUCCAGUUUGUGCUGCUUGACUGCUCGCCGCUCAAGUACGCCAUCCUGAGCCACUGCACGGAGUGGCAGAACAAGUUCACCACGCUGCUCAGCACAAUCGCCACGAGUCGCCUCAAGGAGCUCCACAGCUUCCUCAAGGACAACGGAGAAAAUGUCAGCAAGCCCCCUCAGACCCUGGACGAGCUGGGCGAGAGCCUGACCCUGUGGGACAAGUUAAACGGAGGCCUGGGGGAGACAGAGGCCAAGUUCCCUCCCCUGCAUGACCAGUUCAGUAUCCUGGAGAAGUACGAGGUGCCCAUCAAGGAGGAGGUGACCACCAUGUUGUCCGAACUCUCCAACGACUGGAUCGUCUUCCAGCAGAAGCUGAUCGACGCCGAGCAGAUGCUCAAAAAACACAAGGAGAAGUUCAGGAGCGGACUGCUGGCUCAAUCGGAGGAGUUCAAGAAACAGGUUCACAACCUCGUGGACGAGUUCGCAACCAAGGGCCCGUUCACGUCGACCAUCUCCACGGGGGAGGCCCUGGAGAACAUCAACAACAUCCGCGCCCAGAUGGAGGCUCUCAAGAAACAGGAGCAGGAUAUUAGGAAGGGACUCAACAUCUUCAAGAUCGACCAGCCCCCCUCCAAGGAGAUCGCAAACCUGGAGAAGGAUCUGGAGGUGAUCGAGACAAUCUGGAACCUGAACAAAGACUGGGAGGGACUGUGGGGCGACUGGAAGGGGAACCAAUUUACCGAGCUCCAGACCGAGAACAUGGAGAACUCGUCUCAGUCCAUCUUCAAGAAGCUCAACAGGAUGAGCAAGGAACUCAAGGACAAGAAUUGGGAGGUGGUUGAUACCAGUAAGAACCGUGUGGACCAGUUCAAGAGGACCAUGCCGCUGAUCACGGAUCUGAAGAAUAAGGCCAUGAGACCGCGUCACUGGGACAAAAUCCAGACGGAGAUGCAGCGACAGUUUGACCACAAAUCUGUGGACUUUACCCUGGAGAAGAUCAUUGAGUUUGGAUUCGAUCAGUAUGCUGAGACUAUCGGCGACAUCUCUGGUGCCGCCACCAAGGAAUUGGCCAUUGAACAGGGUAUUGAGGCCAUUGCCAAAACCUGGGAGAGCACGGAACUGGACAUAACGACCUACAAGGACAGAGGUCAUUACAAAGUCAGGAGCACAGACGAUGUGUUCCAGGCCUUGGAAGACAAUCAGGUUCAGCUGUCGACGAUGAAGGCGUCCCGAUUUGUCAAGGCAUUUGAACAGGAAGUGGAUAAAUGGGAGAGAACUCUGUCACACAUUCUGGAGGUGGUGGAGAUGCUGCUAACAGUGCAGAGACAGUGGAUGUACCUCGAGAACAUUUUCUUGGGUGAGGACAUUAGGAAACAGCUGCCCCGCGAGUCGGCAGAUUUUGACGACGUGAACGCCAAGUGGAAGGUCAUCAUGACGCGACUCAACAAGGACAGGAACGCCCUCAGAGGAACCCAUCACCAAGGUUUACUGGAAGAACUGAACGACAUGAACGUCAAACUGGAGGAGAUCCAGAAAUCCCUGGACAUGUACCUGGAGACCAAGCGACAGAUCUUCCCGCGAUUCUACUUCCUGUCCAACGAUGACCUGCUGGAGAUCCUGGGUCAGUCUAAAAACCCCAAAGCCGUGCAGCCCCACCUCAAGAAAUGCUUCGACAAUAUCAAGAGCCUGGAGAUGAACAAGCCAGGACUGAAGUGGGAGGCGAACGCCAUGGUGUCAUCUGACGGAGAGGUCGUUCCGUAUGAGAGACCCGUCUACCUGGACGGUCCUGUGGAGUCGUGGCUGUGUGAUGUGGAGAAGACCAUGAGAUGGACGCUACAGGAUGAGCUGAAGAAAUGUAAAGGGAACCUGAAACAGAAACACGGCAUGACCAAGCGAGACAAGUGGAUCAAGGACCAUCCUGGCCAGCUGUGUAUCACCGCCAGUCAGAUCCAGUGGACUGCCGACGUGGAGAAAGCCCUCCGACUGACUAAGGACCGCGGCGACAAGAAGGCCCUCAAAACCAUGAAGAAGAAACAGGUGGCCAUGCUCAAUAAACUGUCGGAGGCCAUCCGGGGGAAACUGGAAAAGAUGCAGCGACUCAAGAUCGUGGCUCUUGUGACUAUUGAGAUCCACGCUAGAGACAUUAUAGAGAAGCUGAUUAAGGGGGGUGUGUCCGACGAGAAUGCGUUCGAGUGGCUGAGUCAGCUUAGGCUUUACUGGGAAAAGCCUCCUAUUGAUAACUGUGUAGUGAAGCAGACCAACACCCAGUUUCCGUACGGUUACGAGUAUCUGGGUAAUUCAGGUCGUCUGGUCAUCACCCCCCUCACUGACCGCUGUUACAUCACCCUGACCACCGCCCUCCACCUACACCGCGGGGGAAGCCCCAAGGGUCCCGCCGGGACAGGCAAGACAGAGACCGUCAAGGAUCUUGGAAAAUCCCUUGGAAUGUAUGUCAUCGUCGUCAACUGCUCUGAGGGUCUGGACUACAAGUCCAUGGGCAAAAUGUUCUCCGGUCUGGCUCAGACUGGAGCUUGGGGCUGCUUUGACGAGUUCAACAGAAUCAAUAUUGAGGUGUUGUCGGUGGUCGCCCAACAGAUCUUGGCCAUUCUGUUGGCUCUCUCCACCGGUCAGGCACGGUUCGUGUUUGAGGGGCGCGAGAUUGACUUGGUCUGGUCCUGUGGAAUCUUCAUCACCAUGAACCCUGGUUACGCGGGUAGAACGGAGUUACCGGACAACUUGAAGUCCAUGUUCCGACCCAUCGCUAUGGUCGUCCCAGACUCGGGCAUGAUUUCUGAGAUCAUUCUGUUCGGAGAAGGCUUCGGCAACACUAGGGUCCUGGCCAAGAAGGUGUACACGCUAUACUCCCUGGCCGAGCAGCAGCUGUCAAAACAGGACCACUACGACUUCGGACUCCGAGCCCUGGUGUCCGUGCUCCGCUAUGCCGGCUCAAAGAAGAGGUCCAACCCCACCAUGCCAGACGAGGAGAUUCUGCUCCUGUCUAUGAAGGACAUGAACGUAGCCAAGCUGACGUCCACGGAUCUACCGCUGUUUAACGGCAUCAUGUCUGAUCUGUUCCCCGGAGUGGAGACGCCCACCAUUGACUACUCAGAGAUGAAGAAAGCGAUCACAGAGGAGCUGAAGGCCAACUGUCUUCAGGUUAACAACUACACACUGACCAAGAUCAUCCAGCUCUACGAGACCAAGAGUUCCCGCCACUCCGUCAUGAUCGUCGGAAACACCCAGUCCGGGAAGACCGUCUGCUGGAGGAUGUUACAGGCGUCCAUGACACGCCUCAACAAAGAGGGCGCCGCCUAUCAGGCAGUCAAGGACUUCCCUCUGAAUCCCAAAUCUCUGUCUCUAGGGGAGCUGUAUGGAGAGUUUGACAUCAACACCAACGAGUGGACGGACGGGGUCCUCUCCAGCGUGAUGAGGCAGACCUGUGCAGAUGAGAAGCCGGACGAGAAGUGGCUGGUGUUUGACGGGCCAGUGGACACACUGUGGAUCGAGAGCAUGAACUCUGUGAUGGACGAUAACAAGAUCCUGACGCUGAUUAACGGUGAACGUAUCGCGAUGCCCGAGCAGGUGUCCCUGUUGUUUGAGGUGGAGGAUCUGGCAGUGGCUUCGCCUGCCACCGUGUCGCGGUGUGGGAUGGUGUUCGCGGACUAUGCGGACAUCGGCUGGCAGCCGUAUGUGGAGUCCUGGCUGGAGAAGAAGAAGGACAACAAGCCCCUUGUGGAAGAGCUUCGCCGACUGUUUGAGAAAUAUCUGGUGAAGAUUUUAGACUUCAAACAGCAGAACUGCAAGGAGUUGAUUUCCAUCGCUCAGCUGAACGGGGUGUCUUCUCUCUGUAAACUCUUUGAUUCCUUGGGAACUGUAGAAAAUGGGGUGGAUCCUCAUGACAGCGAGAACUUCACACGGAUGGUGGAGCUGUGGUUCCAGUUCUGUAUGAUCUGGUCGAUCUGUGCCUCCGUGGACGAGGACGGACGGAAGAAGAUUGACAACUACAUCCGCGAGAUGGAGGGAACCUUCCCCAACAAAGACAUGAUAUACGAGUACUACGUCGACCCCAAGGGCAAGACCUGGGUCCACUGGGAGGAAAAACUCAAGACGGGCUGGAAGUACCAACAAAAUGUGCCGUUCUUCAAGCUGAUCGUCCCCACCGUGGACACGGUCCGCUACCAGUAUCUAGUGACCGCCCUCGUCCGAUCCUUCAAUCCGGUGAUGGUGGUCGGUCCCGUGGGAACCGGGAAAACCUCCAUGGUGGAGAACACACUGACCAAGCUGGACCCCAAGGUCUACAGCUUCCUAACCGUCAACAUGUCUGCUCAGACUUCCUCCAACAAUGUACAGGACAUCAUAGAGAGCCGUGUGGAGAAGAGAACCAAGGGUGUGUACGUCCCGAUCGGGGGUAAGAAGCUCCUGACCUUCAUGGACGACUUCAACAUGCCGGCCAAGGACACGUUCGGCUCACAGCCGCCUCUGGAACUGAUGAAGCUGUGGCUGGACUACGGCUUCUGGUACGACCGCGAGAAACAGACUCAGAAGUACAUCAAGGACAUGUUCCUGUUGGCGGGUAUGGGACCACCCGGUGGUGGCAGAAUGGUCAUCUCCAGACGACUACAGAGCCGCUUCAACCUCAUCAACAUGACCUUCCCACACGAGUCCCAGAUCAAGCGAAUCUUCGGCAGCAUGAUCAACCAGAAGCUUCAGGACUUUGAAGAAGAGGUGAAACCGAUCGGAGACAUCAUGACUCAGGCCACCAUCGAGAUGUACGAGGCGGUCGUCCAGAAGUUCCUGCCCACACCCACCAAGAUACACUACCUCUUCAACCUCAGAGACAUCUCCAAGAUAUUCCAAGGUUUACUGAGAGCUCACAAAGACUUCCACGAUACAAAGCACGCCAUGACUCGACUCUGGAUCCAUGAAUGCUUCAGGGUGUUUUCUGACCGUCUGGUCGAGGAGAAAGACACAGAGACGUUUAUCAACAUCAUGACAGAGAAGCUGGGAACCCUGUUUGAUCAGACGUACCACAACAUCUGUCCCAACAAACAGCCACCCAUAUUUGGUGACUACAUGAACCCUGACAAUGUGUACGAGGACAUUCAGGACAUCAGCCAGCUGAAAAAGCAGAUGACGGACUUCCUGGAGGAGUACAACAGUACCCCGGGGGUCAUCAACAUGGACCUCGUACUCUUUAGGGACGCCAUCGAACACGUGUCCAAGAUUGUCCGAGUGAUCAGACAGCCCCGGGGGAACAUGUUGCUGAUCGGUAUUGGAGGCAGUGGACGUCAGAGUUUGACCCGACUCUCUGCCUACAUCUGUGAAUACACAACCUUCCAGAUCGAGGUCACCAAACACUACCGCAAAAACGAGUUCAGAGACGAUCUAAAGCGGUUGUACUGGCAGGCAGGCGUAGACAACAAGACAUCCGUGUUCAUCUUCAAUGACACCCAGGUCGUAGAGGAAGGGUUCCUUGAGGACAUCAACAACGUCCUAAGCAGUGGGGAGGUUCCCAACCUGUACAAGCCAGACGAGUUUGAGGAGGUGCGAAAUGCUCUGAGUGACAUCGCAAAGAAAGAAGGAGUAGACGACAGCCCUCAGAGCAUCUUUGCAUACUUGAUCGAGCGAGUGCGAGCCAAUAUGCACAUUGUGCUGUGUAUGAGUCCAGUGGGAGAGCCCUUCAGGAACCGUAUCCGUAUGUACCCGGCGUUUGUGAACUGUACGACCAUUGACUGGUUCAGUGAGUGGCCGGCCGACGCCCUUCUGGAGGUGGCAGACAAGUACCUGAGUGAGAUCUCUCUGGGGUCAGAGGAGGAGGACAAACUGAAGCCAUCGUUAGCCAAGAUGUUCUCUGUGAUGCACAAGUCUGUAUCGGAGUACUCCAAGAGGAUGUUGGCGGAGCUCCGCAGACAUAACUACGUCACUCCAACCAACUAUCUGGAACUGGUGUCUGGAUACAAGAAACUGCUGUUUGACAAGAAGAACGAGUUGGGAGGAGCAGCUGACAAACUGAGGAACGGUCUGAGUAAGAUAGACGACACGAGACAGAAAGUGGAGAAGAUGUCGAUCGAGCUGGAGGACGCGAAGACGAAGGUGGCCCAGUUCCAGAAGCAGUGUGACGAAUACCUGGUGAUCAUUGUACAGCAGAAACGAGAGGCCGACGAACAACAGAAGUCUGUGGCUCAGAAGGGAGAAAGGAUUGCAGAGGAAGAGACCAAGUGUCAACACAUGGCCGAUCUGGCUCAGCACGAUCUGGAUGAAGCCCUGCCCGCCCUACAGGAAGCCAUCGCUGCUCUUGAGUCAUUGAACAAGAAGGACAUGACAGAGAUUAAGUCGUACGGACGUCCGCCCUUGCUGGUAGAGAAGGUGAUGGAGGCCGUGAUGAUUCUGAGGGGCAGCGAGCCGACCUGGGCCGAGGCCAAGAGACAGCUCGGAGAGUCUACCUUCAUCAAGCAGUUGAUGAACUUUGACAAGGACAACAUUUCGGACCGUGUGCUGAAGAAGAUCGGGAGUUACUGCUCCCAGUCAGACUUCCAGCCGGACAUCAUCGGGCGUGUGUCUGGGGCCGCUAAGUCACUGUGUAUGUGGGUCAGGGCCAUGGAGGUGUAUGGACGCGUUUACAGAGUAGUGGAGCCCAAGAAACAGAGACUGAACGCCGCCAUGUCACAGCUCAAGGAGAAACAGGACGCACUGGCCGACGCUAAAGCCAAGCUCGCUGAGGUUGAAGCCAAGAUGGCUGAGUUGAAGCAGCAGUAUGACGAGAAGCUGGCUCAGAAGGAGGAGCUCAAGAGGAAGGCCGAGUACACUGAGCUCAUGUUGGAGCGAGCCACCAAACUCAUGUCUGGACUCGCCGGCGAGAAGGAGCGCUGGCAGGAGACUGUCAAGGAUCUGGAGGAGAGAAUGGGCUACCUCUCUGGAGACUGCCUAAUGGCCGCUGCCUUCAUGUCCUACAUGGGGCCCUUCUUGUCCAACUACAGAGACGAACUGGUCCAGAAGAAAUGGAUUGAGGAGGUUCGUAAGCUGGGAAUUCCCUGUGCACCAAACUUCAAUUUCUGUGAGUUCAUGGCCAAGCCGACCCAGGUCAGGGACUGGAACAUCCAGGGGUUGCCUAGCGAUGCCUUCUCCACAGAGAAUGGAGUCAUUGUGACCUCAUCCAAUCGGUGGCCCCUGAUGGUGGACCCUCAAGGUCAGGCCAUCAAGUGGAUCAAGAACAUGGAGGCCUCACGAGGCCUCAAAGUGAUAGACUUGCAGCAGUCGGAUUACAUGAGGACUCUGGAGUCUGCCAUCCAGUUUGGUCUGCCAGUCGUCUUGCAGAACGUACAGGAAAAGCUGGAUCCUUCCCUGGAUCCAGUGCUGAACAAGUCACUGAUGAGAAUAGGUGGAGCUUACAUGAUAAAGCUGGGAGACAAAGAGAUUGAGUACAACCCAGAGUUCCGAUUCUACAUCACCACUAAGCUGAGUAACCCCCACUACACGCCCGAGAUCUCCACCAAGUCCACCAUUGUCAACUUUGCUGUCAAAGAGCAAGGUCUGGAGGCCCAACUGUUGGGAAUCGUGGUCAGGAAGGAACGUCCGGAUCUGGAGGAACAGAAGGACAGCCUGGUCCGGAGCAUCGCGGCCGGGAAAAAGAAACUUGUCGAGUUAGAGGACGAGAUUCUCAGGCUGCUGAAUGAGACCAAGGGCUCACUGCUGGACGAUGAACAGCUGGUCAACACACUGCAGACGUCCAAGAUCACCUCACAGGAAGUGACGGAGCAGCUACAGAUCUCCGAGACGACCGAGGUCAAGAUUGACGCUGCCAGAGAGGGCUACAGACCGUCUGCUCAGAGAGCCUCUAUCUUGUUCUUUGUCCUGAAUGACAUGGGCCGCAUAGAUCCCAUGUACCAGUUCUCUCUGGAUGCCUACAUAGAACUGUUCAUCAUGUCCAUUGAGAAGAGUCAGAGGAGUUCUAAACUGGAGGAGAGAAUUCAGAACCUGAAUGAGUACCACACCUACGCUGUUUACAGGUACACCUGUCGCGGUCUGUUUGAGCGACACAAGCUGCUCUUCUCCUUCCAAAUGUGCGCCAAGAUCCUGGAGGCGGCCAGCAAAAUCAACAUGGACGAGUACAACUUCUUCCUGCGUGGAGGAGUGGUACUUGACCGUGAGAACCAGAUGGACAACCCGUGCUCGGGAUGGCUGGGAGACGUGGCCUGGGACAACAUCACAGAGCUGGAGAAGCUGACCAACUUCCACGGCAUCAUCACCUCCUUUGAGCAGUACCCCCGUGACUGGAACAUCUGGUACACUGCGGCCCAGCCAGAGACCGCCCCCCUACCAGGUGAAUGGGACAAUGCGUGUAAUGAGCUACAGAGGAUGUUACUGGUCCGUUCCCUGCGUCCUGACCGAGUCUCCUUCUGUGCCACCUCCUUCAUCAUCAACAACCUGGGGUCAAAGUUCACAGAGCCACCUGUCCUUGACAUGCAGCAGGUGGUGGAGGACUCCACAACUAGGACACCCCUCAUAUUUGUCCUGUCCCCAGGAGUGGACCCUACAAGUUCCCUGAUCCAGCUGUCUGAGUCCAGUGGGAUGGCCCAGAGGUUCUAUUCCCUCUCCCUGGGGCAAGGACAGGCUCCCAUAGCAACCAGGAUGAUCAAACAGGGCGUGAGAGAGGGUAACUGGGUGUUCCUGGCCAACUGUCAUCUGUCGCUGAGUUGGAUGCCCCAGCUGGACAAGUUGGUGGAGCAGCUACAGGUGGAGGACCCCCACCCAGAGUUCCGCCUGUGGCUCAGUAGCAGCCCCCACCCUGACUUCCCCAUCUCCAUCCUACAGACCGGCAUCAAAAUGACCACAGAACCACCAAAGGGACUGAAGGCCAACAUGAAGCGUCUGUACAACCUGAUCACGGAGCCUCAGUUCCAGCGCUGCACCAAACAGGACAAGUACAGGAAGCUGCUCUUCUCGCUCUGCUUCUUCCACUCUGUGCUGCUUGAGCGACGUAAGUUCCUGAUGCUUGGAUGGAACAUCGCCUACGAGUUCAACGAUUCAGACUUUGAGGUAUCGGAGAGCAUUUUGAGUAUUUACCUGGACGAGUAUGAGGAAACCCCAUGGGAGGCCCUGAAAUACCUGAUUGCUGGAAUCAGCUACGGUGGUCACGUCACAGAUGACUGGGAUCGACGACUGUUGAUGACUUACGUCUCUGAUUUGUUCCAAGACCAAGUCCUCAGUGUGCCUUUCUACAAAGUGUCCUCUGUGCCGACGUAUUACGUGCCCAAGGACGGCCCCCUGUCCUCCUACAAGGAGUAUGUCAGCAUGCUGCCCAAUGUGGACCCCCCAGAGGCGUUCGGUCAGCACCCCAACGCCGACAUCCAGUCCCAGAUCCAGGAGACCAGGAUGUUGUUCAACACGCUGCUGUCCCUACAGCCCCAGAUCUCUGCUGCCAGCGGGGGCGAGAGUCGCGAGGACAAGGUCCUAGAUCUAGCAGCCAACAUCUUCAAACAGAUCCCAGAGAACAUAGACUACGACAACACGGCUAAAAUCCUGUCUGUCGAUCCGUCACCAUUGAAUGUGGUGCUGCUUCAAGAGAUACAGCGGUACAAUGCCCUGAUGGAGGAGAUUCGUCGCUCGCUGACCGACCUGGAGAAAGGUAUCCAGGGUCUGGUGGUGAUGACUGUGGAACUGGAGAACAUAUUCCAGUGUAUCUUUGAUGGCAAUGUCCCCCCGUCCUGGUUAAGGGCAUACCCCUCACUGAAGCCCCUAGCCGCCUGGACCAGAGACCUGGUACAGAGAGUGGAGCAGUUUGAGAAGUGGGCCCUGACCGCCCACCCCCCAACCAUCUUUUGGAUGUCUGGGUUCACGUUCCCCACGGGAUUCCUGACCGCCGUCCUUCAAACCUCUGCUCGUAUGAACAGCGUAUCCGUGGACUCGUUGUCAUGGGAAUUCAGUGUGAUGACGGUAGAUGACUCCAACAUUACCGGACCACCCAAGGACGGUGUGUACAUCAAAGGCCUGUUCCUGCAGGGAGCGGGUUGGGAGAAGAAGAACUCUAUCUUGGUGGAGGCUAACCCCAUGCAGCUGGUGUGUCUGAUGCCCACCAUCCACUUCAAGCCCGUUGAAAACAAGAAGAAAGUUGCUAAAGGAAUGUACAUGGCCCCCUGCUACUACUACCCCAACCGUGCGGGAGGCAUGGGCAGACCCUCCUUUGUGGUGGCCGUGGAGCUGAAGGCGGGAGAGAAAUCACCGGACCACUGGGUCAAGAGGGGAACCGCCCUGCUGAUGAGUCUGGACUACUAACUCUGACAAUAACAUCUCCCUGUUAUUUUUGUGUGGGAAAAAUAAAUCUGAAAACAUUGAAUCCCUGAAGACUACCUACUUCUGUGAUCUCUAACUAUCUGUGUGUAAAAAUUCAUCUCUAAGUGAUUCUGUGUACAUACAUGUAUAACCCAUGUAAUGAGAUUUCUGUGAUGUCAAAGAUAGUGUAGAAGGAUCCAAAUACGAAUAUAAUACUAUAUUGUCAAGACAAGAAUCUUGUGUGACAUUUGAUAGAUCUGUGAAUUGACUUGUACACCACACACACUCAGCUGAGAAACCAGUGCUCUUAUUUUUGUGAUAUCAGUUUUAAUGAUGAAUGAUUGUGCAAAUACUUCUAUAAUUAUUUAUAUUAGUUUUCUGCGAGUUCUAAUUGUACACCACACACAGCUGACAAAGCAGUGCUCUUAUUUUUGUGAUAUCACUUAUAUUGAUAAUUGUGCAACUU